UUCUGCACGGAUCCAAAAGUUGGAAAAGUCCUCAUCACUUUGGGACCUCUAGCACCACAGGUGUCAAUCCCAACUGGUACACAGUGAAGGAGGAUGACAAGCGGCAUCUAGUGGAUAUUUUUUUUCUCGUUUUCUUCAUAAGAACUACUGAGUAGCUAAGAUUUUGUUUUGGAAUAAAAGAAAAACAAAAAACCGAAAAGAUGCCUUUUGAUUUUGCAAGUUUGAAAAAUCAGGUGCUAAAACCUGGGAAGGAGGAGGCCAAGAAUACUGUGGGGGAUUCUUUAGGAAAGCUGCAGAGGAAAAUGGACGGUAGUAAUGUUGAGGAUGAGGAAAACAUUGAACUGACAGAAGAUGGACAGCCGGUGACAUCAGCACCACUUCCUGCCCCCCUGCUGGACUGCAGCUGCGGCGGUCUGCCCAAGCGCUACAUCAUUGCCAUCCUCAGUGGCCUGGGCUUCUGCAUCUCCUUUGGCAUCCGAUGCAACCUGGGCGUGGCCAUUGUAGAGAUGGUGAACAACAACACAGUCUAUAUCAACGGGACGCGAGUGAUUCAGAAAGCUCAGUUUAACUGGGACCCAGAGACUGUGGGGCUGAUCCACGGGUCCUUCUUUUGGGGCUACAUCGUCACUCAGAUCCCAGGCGGAUUCAUCUCCAACAAGCUGUCUGCCAACAGGGUUUUUGGGGCUGCCAUUUUUCUAACAUCAGUGCUGAACAUGUUCAUCCCGUCAGCUGCCAGGGUGCACUAUGGCUGCGUCAUGUUUGUACGCAUCUUGCAGGGGUUAGUGGAGGGGGUCACCUACCCAGCGUGUCACGGGAUGUGGUCCAAGUGGGCUCCGCCUCUCGAACGUAGUCGACUGGCGACCACAUCAUUCUGCGGUGAGUCACGUCGCUCCUUUCUUUAAUCUAACAAACAGCAGCUCUGAGCUUUUUUUUACCAUUCCAAACAUCUUUGAUGGAACCUCCUCACAAGUCACAAGGAGUACGACAAGUAAAUGGACAUGUGCAGAUGCCAAGCUUCCAAGGGAUUGUGGGAGAUUUUUUCUUCUUCUUUUUUUUAAUACAUAUUAGACAAAACAUACUGUGUGCAAAAUUACCAGUUGAAGCAAUGAGAAAUUUGCAGCUUGAUAUGCAUCGCAGCAAUGUUGAAGCUGGUGUAUUUUAUGCAGCAGG